UUUUAAAGUAUUACCAAAUGCAUCGUUAGCAGCAGUAAAGCUGAUGAUUUCUGGUGUCACUGCUGCCGUAGUUUUCACCGAAGAAAGCGAGCAAACAUGAUGUGAAUUUAGCUUCAUUCCUUCGUAACGUUAAACUUUAAAACUCAAACGGUGGUUAAGAUGUCUCUUAUUUGUGCUAUAUUUUGAAAGUCACACCCUAUAAAAAAAAUUAAACUGAUGAAGGCAAAUCCUUGAUGAUGCUGGUAACAGUUUAGCCAUCCUCUAUUCAACUUUGACGUCAUCUGUCUGACAUGGAGCCAGAUGGGGAUCUAAAUCCUGAUACAGAUGACCUUCCUCUCCGAGCCAAUACUAACCACAUACUUGUUAAACACUAUGUGCUGGACCUGACUGUUCAUUUUGACAGGAAGGUCAUCAGUGGUAGUGCUGUUCUAUUCCUGGAGCCAUGCUCUGGUGUGAGGUCUAAGACUGAGGAUGACAUUGGGCCUGGAGCUGGUGAAGGAGAUGGGACAGUAGAGAGCCAGGAAGGGUUUGUGUGUAGAUUUCAGGAUGCGGAUACAAUGGAAGAUGGUACAAAAGGACUUGGGAAGACUACAACAAGGACGGAGAAAAUGUCCACUGGAGAAAGAGACAGAGAUGAAUUUCUGGCUCUGUCUGGGGCUGGGUCACCGACUGCACCAGAAACCAAAACUAUCCAGUCUUCACAUUUGUGGGAAACCACCAGUAACAAUGAUUUCACCUUAGUGCUGGACUGCUGUGACCUUGACGUGUCAAAGGUGGAAGAGGUGGACGUCACCUCAGUGUCAGCCACGUCUAGCCUUCCACCAGAGGUCACUCCAAAGGGUUCAGGGGUCAGUUCAGCGAACCAACAAACAGCCUUUAUUCAGAAACUUAUCUCCAUGCCUUCUGGCCAAUGGAGGCAGAAGCACCAGCUCUUUUCACUGUGUAGCCGUGCCCCUGGUGCUCAGGAUGUACUGCAUUUUCAUAGAGACCGAUGGAGUCUGCAGGUGAGAAAGAAGAGGGUCACAUCCCCUCAGGAGUUCCCUUGUGCUGUCAGGGUCUGCUAUGAGACAAGGCCAACAGGAUGCUCUGUGAGGUGGACCAAAGACCAGGACAGCAGGGUGUGUGUUUACACUGCCGGUUCUCCCAUCAACAACCGAGCCCUCUUCCCCUGCCAGGAGCCGCCUGUUGCCAUGUCAACAUGGCAAGCAACAGUACGGGCCCCCAGUGAGUGUGUGGUUUUGAUGAGUGGGGAGGAGCAGGCUGUACCUAUUGAGGACAGAGACACACGUUUCUCAGUCUGGAAUUACCACGUCACUAUGCCCAUGCCAGCCUCCACCUUCACCCUGGCAGUGGGCCACUGGUGCCAAGUCACAGCAGAAACUCCCCCAAGAGUGGAAAGAGGGGUGAAGGACAAGAUGGACUGUGAUAAGCAGGUUAAACCUGUGGCUGGGGAAUGGACUGAAGCUGGGCUUGUGUCUGGACUUGGAAACUCCUCCAGUGAAUUAGUAAAGCUCUCCCCACUCCAAACUGGCAGUGGAGACCAGACCACCCGCUCACACUCUGCUUCCUGUUACUCUUCCCUUGAGGAUGAGGGGCUCUCUGUAACCGAUUAUUCAGGCACUGUGGAUGGCAGCAUCUCUUGUUCCCAUGGUGACUACCCUUGCCGAUUUCCUGAGCGGUUGGCGAGGUCCCAGCGGGUGAUUCCACACCGUGUAUUUGCCCCCGUCUGCUUGCUGGAGAAGGCCCAGAUGGGAGUCCUCAAGCUCUUGUCCCAAUGUUUGGCUGCAGCCCAUACCAUUCUGGGGGUCCACCCGUUUCCCCGCCUUGAUGUUCUCAUCAUCCCAGCCGGGUUCUCCAGCCUGGGCAUGGCCAGCCCCCACAUCAUUUUCCUGUCCCAGAGCGUGUUACCUGCUGGGAGUCCUGGUUCUGGACAAAAUAGCCUGUCUUUGUGUGGGUCCAGGGUGUGCCAUGAGAUUGCCCACUCCUGGUUUGGCCUGGUUAUCGGAGCCAGAGACUGGACUGAGGAAUGGAUCAGCGAGGGCUUUGCCACCUAUUUGGAGGACAUUAUCUGGGCCCAAGCACAACAAAUCUCCUCACAAGAUGCAGUAGAACAGUCUGACCUGAAGGCACUGCUGAGGUGGAGACGACUUUCUGAUGAGUUGCAGAACUCAGAAGAAGAGCUUCAGAUCCUCAGACCUAACAUGGAGAACACCGGUCGGGUCAGCGAGUCCGGCUCGUCCAUGGUUAAACAUGCCCUCAACCCUGACAAAACCUUCAUGCAAGUCCACUACCUCAAGGGCUACUUUCUCCUCAGGUUCUUGGCCAGUCAAGUGGGAGAGCAACAAUUCAUCGACUUCUUCAGAUUAUUUGUGAAGAGAUACCACGGGCAACUCAUUUUGUCUCAGGAUUUCCUGCAACUGCUGCUGAUUACCUUUCCUGACAUGGAGAGAAAAGACCUCACCCUCAAUGCUAUUUAUGCUGACUGGCUUGAUCGGCCGGGAAUUCCAAAGUGGCUUUGUGAAAGGAGCGCCGUGUGGUCAAAGACAAGGCUGGUGGAAGAAGUCAAAGCAGAGGUUGUAAAAUGGAUUCUCCUCAGUCAGAGUCAUCAGGGGAAGAGCAGAAAGCGGAAGAGAAGAGAGCCCAAGGUGAACUACAAAAAGCUGACAUCGGAGCAACUAGUGAUGCUUUUGGAGCUUCUGUUAGAGGAAUCGGAGCUUAGCGUGGCAACAAUGCACACACUGCAGAGAACGUACACCCUACAGAAUCAAGAUGCUGAGGUCCGACAUCGCUGGUGUGAGCUGGUGGUCAAACAUGCGUACAGUCAGGCAUACGGAGACGUGGAACAUUUCCUCAUUCACGACCAAGCCAUGGGUGUGUAUCUGUACGGAGAGCUGAUGGUUCAGGAGGACCCUGUGCAGCAGGCCCUGGCUCGUCGCUGCUUGUCACUGGUCCAGGAAGAAAUGGACCAGUCGACACGUAGAGUCGUGGAGGAGAUGAUCCUGUGAUAUUGGAGGCUGCUCACUACAGAUUGAGACAACAGGAGUUUGGCACAUGGGGCGUAUGAGGAUCCAGAACUCGCCUCCUCUUCCUCUGUAGGAGAGGGGAUGCUGCAGAAUCCUUCAGCAGUGUGAACACCAGAAGGCUGUGCUCUUACUCUAUAGCCAAGGCCAGCUGGCAAGGUUUAAAGCACAGCAGUUCUGUUCAUUCAAGCCUAAAGAAAUUGAUGUGUAUGAACCACUAACAAUACAAGCUUGUUAAUAGUGCAGUAUCGCUGACUAUAAAAUUUCUAUAUUAAGACUAAGAAAUGACAUUGUUUCUCCUGUUUUAAAAUGCUCGAACUCAGUAAAAGAAAGCUCUUUCAGGCCACGUUCCUAAGUUUAAGUUUCUGUGUAUGUAUGUGUCUACAUGUAGGUGUGAGCUUCUGUCUGUUUAGUCUAAAGCUAUGAUGUCAUUACUAAGAGUUUAGAAUGGUUAUCCUUUCAGGUGAAUAUUUUUGUAAUGGAAAUAACAAAUUACUUCACUCAUUCCCGUAACAACACUGGAAAAUACACAAAGACAAUGCUCAGGGCAUUUCUAUAUGAAAAUAGGAUGGUUUUUUAACUGCUGUGUAAUAAAAUAAUAAUGGUAAACUUUAUUUUCUUUUUAAUGAAAAAUGUUAUGUUCAUGAUAAAGUGAAAUACUUUUUUUUAGAAUAAAUACGUGGCAUUUAUAAAGUUUAUUCCAUAACUGAAGGUGCAAAAGCUGAGCAUUAGUUAGUGCCUUACGCCUGUUAUACUUAUUUGAUAUGCAAACUAUGUACACAUUUUAUCCAGACUGCCAUUUCAUGGAUACUAUAUUACUGAAUUAAACAUUGGUUGCAUAAUA